AUGUGCGGCCCCAUCAAGGCCGACACACUACGCUGCCUCCCUCGCAACUGGGUGCUGACCCAGCAGGCCUCAGUCUUGAAGGAUUCACUUCAAAGUGCCAAGCAACAUGAUACCGCGAACAAGCCCUCCGAACUGCAACUUGUGAUUGCAAGUACCAUCCUCAUGGUCGAUAUGAAUACUCCUGGAGAGAUCGGUGGAGUGCUUUGGAGUGAGGCUCUUAUGGCGCCGUCCACCAAUCGAUGGUCACACCCAUCAUACUUGACGAAACUCUGCGUCCCACCCAGCCACACUCGCGGCCUCGUACUGCUCAGCCACGCCUACGUCACCGCCCUCACAACGAGCUCUUGGCAUACAACACCACACAGCACAAGCGACCCUUCCAGCCAAGUUUCCAAGGGUGAUACCAUUGUGUCACUGGUGCAAUUCAAGAAAAGGUUGGGGAAGAAAAGCAAGCCAAAGGGGGAAGGGAGACGAAUGCCGGGUGUGGUCUGCUGCCCCUUCGUCACUGGUUCCAAUUUCACACCUGCACAACCUCCUACAAAGCACCAAACAAUCAUCAUGCCCUUCUUCUACUCCAAGCCCAUCGGCGGCCGCAACUUCGGCACCUCCGUCCACGCAGACCGCCACGGCGUCCACCGCGGUCCCUGGCGCAUGCGCAUCGGCCGCUUCAACUGCUUCCGAUAG